AUGUUCCUGAAGAGGCAAACAUGUGAUGAGGAAGACAUCUCAAACUGUGAAAAUACAGAUGUGAACAACGGAGAGAAGAUAGAAUGUUGCUUAUUAGUCCUUCAAGGGAACACUGCAUAUAGCAUACAGAUACGUCAGAAGUAUGAAGAAGGCAUUUGGAGUGAAUGGAGUGACUCUGUAUUUGUACCUGCAGGUGAUCAUAGCUCUGAUACUGGACAACGAUAUGGACGGGUUACGUAUAUGAUUACUCUAACCUUGCUGCCUUGUGCUUGGAAAACAUCAGAAAAUUACUACACUGGAAAAUAUUCAUCUAAUGUAAAGAUAUCUGGAGCAGCCUACAAUAUAACAGCAGUGGCUUUUAAUAAAGUUGGAAUUUCCCCUAUAUGGUCAACUAUUAUUGAAGAAGAUCAACCAGGAAUGUUUUCAGGAAAUCUAAGUUUACAUGGAAGUAAUGCAUUGAGACUCCAAUGGGUAGUACAGAAAAAUAAAAAUGUUAAUUAUUGCAUUGAGUGGAAACCCACUGCAACCAAAGAACUUCCAGUUUACAAUUUAACAGGCAAUUUUAAAACUGGAGAUGUAACUAUAUCUACAGAAAACUUCAAGCCCAUGCAAUGUUACCAAAUCACAUUCCAUAAAUAUAGGAACACUUACAGAACAUUAGGAUCAACAUACUAUUUCAAAACUUCAAUGAAUGUCAAACCAGGAAAUUUCACCUUGACAAACCUCACUGCCCAAUCUGUUCUACUUCAGUGGGAUGGAUUUGACCUCCAUAAAUGCAAAGAGCUUCUGAAGACUUGGGUCAUUAUCAUCACGGAGCAAAAUCAAAAUAUUUCAAGAGUAUUUUAUACAGAUGGUUUAAUGACUCAGUACCUUGCAAGAAACCUGUCUUCAGAAACCUGUUAUACAUUGGAAAUAAAAGGCAUCACUUCAUAUGGGGAGGAGACUGGAAGCAUCCACACAUCUGUUAUUACUCCCAAGGAAGAUAUGAAUGCAGAGAUAUGGCCAUUCAUACACAUAUGCAUUGGAAUUAUUCUUAGUCUUAUAGCAUUCACAGGUCUCUUAGUCGUUGGUAUAAAAAGGUUCAAAGUAUACCUGUUUCCCAUUGUUCCUGAUCCUGGUGGCAGCACCGCAAUAACGUUUUUCCCAAAUGAAAGGAAAUAUCAUAUGAAAAACCCCAUAUCUAUUAUUGAGCCAGAUUCUGAAAAUGGUCCAGCACUGCCCCUGACAAUAGAGCCAAGGACAGAAGAAUGCUACAGUACUAUAGUCAUGAAAGCUGGAUCAGAACAAAGGGACAUAACUGAAGAGAAACCCCUAAUUUCCAAAGUCUUUGUGACUGAACUUGAAUCUGAUCUUCCAUUUGAAUACAGGAGACAAAUGAAUCUGAUGUCCACUGAAAGUGACAAAAUAACCCAAGGCCAGGAAUUACUGAGAUGCUUUAAAGUUUACAAUCCAUUUCAUCAAGAUAAUACCACUAAAGACUCAUUGUUAUCCCAUAUUGUAGUUACUGCAUAUGUGGAAGAAACUACAGUUUAA